GCUCCACCUGGCACAGGCAGUCAGCCCGAGACCUCAGCUCCGGCAACCUGAGUCAGCCCUCCAGGGCGCUGCGAAUAUUAAACAGAGACUCUCCGACGAUAUGUUCAUCAUCACAAUCUCUUUUCUCCUCUGCUCUCGACCAGUCCAGCCGCCAUGCCUGGUUCUAUGGGGCUCACACCGCGAUCUUCGAUGACAAUUGUCGAUCAAGAUCUACCCCACACGGAUCCAGACGCCACGAAAUCCGAACAACCCCUAUUCAAACAACAAAAUCUGACUAGAGAGCCUGUAGCAGUCAGCUGGGAUGGGCCCGACGACCCGGAGAAUCCGCAAAACUGGACAGACCGCAAGAAGUGGUGGAUCACGUUCGUUUGUGUGAUAUCGACUGUGAAUGUGACAUUCGCCUCCUCUGCGCCGAGCUCGGCGUUGGGGUCCAUCCGUGCCGAAUUUGGAAUCUCCGCUGAGGUAUCAUAUCUCAUCACGUCGGUGUUCCUCUUGGGUUAUGUGUUCGGGCCUCUCGUGUGGGGACCCGGAAGCGAGCUGUUGGGUCGCCGCCCUGUGUAUGUGCUUGCCAUGACGAUGUACACGAUCCUCCACCUCGGUGAAGCGCUCGCCCGAAACAUCGAAACACUGCUCGUCACGCGGUUCCUCGGCGGCCUCUUCGCCUGCGCUCCUUUGGUCAGCUCGGGCGGUGUCCUCGCGGACAUCUGGUCAGUAGAGAAGCGCGGCACGGCGACGAGUCUGUUCGUCGCGAGCGUGUUCCUCGGUCCGGUCAUGGGCCCCCUCAUCGCAGGCUACAUGGUCGAGAGCGGGCUGUCGUGGCGCUGGGUCUUUUGGGUCAUGAUGAUGUUUGCGGGGACGAGCACCACGCUGAUCAUCUUCGGACUGCCGGAAACGUUCGCCCCGGUGUUGUUGCUCAAGAGGGUUCGUGCGCAGCGCAAGGCGGAGCCAGAAGCACUGGGCCACCUGUAUGCGGCGCAUGAAAAGCGGGACUGGUCCGCGCUGGGCAUCAUCCGCUCGACGCUCUUUCGCCCGUUCAUCAUGCUGGCCGGUGAACCUAUCUUAGUGCUCGUCACCCUUUAUCUGUCGCUCAUCUACGGCGUUCUCUACGGUCUCUUUGAGACAUUCCCACUCAUCUUCAUCCAGAAGCGCGGUUUCACGAUCGCUCAAAACGGACUGGUUUUCAUCGGUGUCGGGAUCGGCACUUCGCUGGGCGCCUUCAUCAACUAUCUCUGCUCGCGGCAUUACCCAGAGCUCAUCAAGAAGUGGAGAGGGUUUCCGCCUGCCGAGGAGCGAUUGAUCGGUGCGAUGUACGGCGCCCCCCUCUUCGUGGUCGGCGUUUUCUGGCUCGGAUGGACUGGCCAAUAUCCGAGUGUGCCGUGGUACGUUCCUGCGCUGAGCACGAUCUUCAUCGGAAUCGGCAUUUCGUCGGUCUUCAUGGGCUUCCUAAGCUAUCUUGUGGACACCUACCUCAUGAACGCCGCUUCGGCAUUUGCUGCGAACACAUUUCUCCGCUCACUCGUGGCUGCCGCAUUCCCGCUCUUUGUCGUGCAGAUGCUCAACGGGAUGGGUGUCAACUGGGCCGCGACGCUCCUCGGAGGUGUCGGACUUUUGCUCGCUCCGUCGCCGUUCCUGUUCUACAAAUAUGGGGCAAGGAUCAGACAGCGAAGCAAGUUUGCGCCGUGUCUGGAUCUCAAGAUCGCAGCGGAGCUAGAAAUGGAGCGAGAGAAGGGAGAUGCCAGCGUGUAG